AUGGCCACACAAAGCAGAAUUGGAGUCCAGAUGAAAGAUAAUGAAAAAUUUCCUGAAGACCUUAGUGUGAAAGAAAACACUGCUGCAGGCCCUAAGAGGCAGGUAAGUUUGUAGUUUAUCCCUGGAAGCCCUGAGAAAACAGAUAAUAGAUUAUUGGUUUCAGACAUCAAACAGAUCCAGGACUUAGGACAUGAAAAAGAGCCCCAGACCCCACCUAAGAAAGGCUCAGAAGAAUGGUUUGACACUCACAAUUUGACAUACCAGAAGCUUACAUUGUUGGAUCUGAUCAGCCAGGGCACAGCUAUUCUAAACAAGAACAGCAGCAUCAUGCAGAAAAUCCACUUUCCAAUCAAGGCUGUCAACCUCUUUGAAUCAAGACUUUCUGAAGCUAUUGAAACGUUUCAGAAAAGAAUUCAGUGGUUCACGGAAGGCAGCAGGAAGAUGUUUGGCCUCCUAAAGGGGACUAAAGUCGGAGUCCUGGUGGACGUUUCAAACAGUAGCUGUCACUUUCAAAAGCAGGAGUUCCAACGUGACUUGUUGAGUCUUAUAGAUGAGCAGCUGAGCAAAAAAGAACACUUGUACCUUCUCUCCUUUGGCACCCAUCCCUCAGUCCUCUGGCCAAAUCCAGUGAAAGUCAAUAAGUCCAAUCUCCAGGAAGCUAAGGAGUGGGUACAGAUGUUACAGCCCCGUGGAGGAAGCAAUUUGCUCCAAGCUCUGAGAAAAGCCCUCAUGAAGAAGGAGCUGAAUUCCUUGGUAAUCAUCAUAGGCAGCUGCCCAGAUCAAUCUCCAGAAAUUCUAUCAGACUACAUUCUGCAGUGCACCCUGGGAAGGAAUAUGGUCCUCCAGAUUGUCACUUAUAAAUGUAGCAACCACAUGCCCCUGGCCGUGGUCAGGAACUUUGCAGAAGGUCUUGGAGGCCAUUACCACUGCUACACACUAAUUCCAGAGGAUCAGAAUUCUGCCAACAGUGAUGUAGUUAAGCUCCUUAAAGAGAUUCAGAAGGCUAAGAAUAUUCUCAACACCAUCAAAGAGAUGUACCAGAGCAGGACUUGUGAAGCAUUCACCAACAUGGCACGAGAAAUUUCUACAGAGUUUACAAAAUUGCCUAUAUCCAGCUUCUUACCCAAGCCUCCAAAGCAUGAGGGCCCUCUCAAAAUUAAAAUCCCAAACUUCUUGACCAGAACCUCUGCAGACUGGCUGAAGACCAAUGGAUUGAAAGCCAAGAAGUUAAGCCUUUACCAAAUUUUGGCUCCUAAUGCAUUCUCUCCUAUGGAAGAAUUUGUGCCCAGUUUCCAGAAAACAGUAGCUUCAACUCUCCAUGAGAAAGCAAUGAUGCAGUUUGAAUGGCAUGAUGGAACCAUGAAGAAUAUCCAUGUGGACCCACCCCAUCUGUAUGACUAUCAGAAGCAGCUCAGCAAUGCCAUACGGAUGUUCGAGAGGCGGAUUGAGUGGCUUUCCAUCUCCAGCAGGAGAAUCUGGGGCACAGUCUGUGAAAAAAGGUAUUUUCUCCUAUGUGGUUCCCUGUCUCCUUCAUUAUGUUUCUGUUACACAGCACUUCAUACAUGGGUGGUUAUACUGGUGGAUAUCUCAGUGACCAAUUCCAUGUACAUUAUUCAUAUCCAACAUUCCUUAAGACUUCUGCUUGAGGAACAAUUGUCAAACAAGGAUUGCUUCAACAUCAUUGCGUUUGGAAGUAUAGUUGAAAGCUGGAGACCCGAAAUGGUUCCCUUAACCGAAGACAACUUGCAAAGUGCCUGGCGCUGGAUCUUGUCCUUGAACUGCAAGGGCAGCAGAAAUGUCCUCAGUGCUAUGAGGAAGGCAAUAGAAGUGGACUUUAAGGAUAAAGACAAGUUCAGUUCCCAAGGCAUCUACAUCUUCACUGGUGGAGUACCUGAUCAGGAAAUGCCUAUGGUCAGUGCCUACGUCGCCGAGACCUGUGGUGGCUGUGAUCUGAGGAUUCACGUUUGCCUGUUCCACAUCAACGAGUUAGAGAUGGAUGGCACAGUCCCUGCCCGCUAUGCCAACAGGACCGACACGGCCUCUGCUUACAAGGAGGUCACUCGUGCUUCUAAUGGGAGAUUCCACUGGUUUGGUGACACAGGCAUCUUCGAGAGUGAUGAUAUCAGUACUAUCGCCUUGGAGAUGGAAAAGGCCAUCAACUACUCCCAAAAGUGUGCUUUGCUGGUAGCAUCCCUCAAAAACCAGUCUGGAAGCUUGGCUGAAAGCCCACUGGUACCCAAAGAAGAGCCAAAGGUGUUCAAGGGAAAAAGUCAGCCUCGGAAACUUUGCUGCCCUAAGCCCAUCAUACUCUCGAUGGCCAGAAUGAGCAGUAAGAGUGAGCCUGACAAAGACAAGAUUGUCUCCACAAAGAAUCUGACGUGGCACUCAAACACCAGCAAACCAGCCAUCCCAUCAGGCCAGCCAGUGAAAGACUGGGGUCCAAAUAAGGGAAAGAAGAAGAUCAAACCGGCAAAGAAAGGGCCAACCACAUCUUUUUUAAUUGUUAUUAAUCAAGGGAAAGAUGCAGAUGCAGCACAAAAGAAAAAUCCACUGAUAAAGGCCACAAAAAAACCUGUUUCUUCCAUCGAGCUUCCCAAAAACUAUGAUAUUUCCUCAACUGAAGAGUGGUUGACGAGUUGCAACUUGAAAAAGCUGAAGCUAGAGCUGCCCAAACUCUUGUUUGGCACAAACUCUAUUCAUCAGAAGAAAAUGGAAGAUGCCUUACAGAAGCAAAUUUCAUCCAAAACUCUAUCCUACUUCCCAGUCACAGAAGUCAAGUGCAUGAUAAAGCAUCUGCAGUGCCAGGAUAAGGAUUUAGAAGAGUACAUGGAACAGACAGAGAAAGCAAAAAAGUGUUAUAUCAAACGGAUUCAGUGGUUGCUGACAGGAAGCCGACGACUAUUUGGCACUAUUUUGGAGAACAAGGUCUGUGUCAUGAUAGACCUAUCAGAGUCCAUGGGGUUAUAUCUGCAGCAGUUAAAGAAAGAACUGAAUUUGCUGAUUUGGGAACAACUGAGAAAAUGUGACAGCUUUAACCUGCUCGGUUUUGCAGAAGACCUAUAUGCAUGGCAAGACAAAUUGGUAGAUUCCACAGAUGAAGCAUGCCACAGUGCUGUGCAGUGGGUGACCAAACUGAAAGCUCAAGGAAGUACCUCCAUCCUGAGAGCUUUAUUGAAAGCUUUCACUUUUCAAGAUGUAAAAGGACUGUAUCUUCUGACUGAUGGAAAGUUGGACUUGAACUGCAGUCUUAUUCUAAAUGAAGUUGAAAAGCUCAGGAAGAAAAAAAAUAUUAAAGUACAUUCCAUUUCUUUUAACUACUCAUCUAAAAUGGAUCAGGAGACAAGAUCAGUGAUUACAUUUCUGAAAAAGCUAUCUAAUAAUACUGGGGGGCGCUACCACCACUGUCAAAUGGAGUUGGAAGACUGCAUGGAGAUUCAUAGAAUGCUGACUGAAGACACUACUGAAAAAAAUGAUUCCUUCUUGCAAUUAUUUGAAGGAGAUGACCUAAAGAAACUUGUUCGAGAGAUACUCAAAGCCAAGCAUUUCCUAAAGCAGGCCCAGUCUUUCAGAAAAAUACUACAGAAGAACAAUAUUGAAGAAGUAAACAUUCCUGUUUAG